CCCGUUUGAUUGUGGACUAUUACUGACACCUUGUGGCGAUGGGAAAUGUUGCGCGUCAUUAGUUUGGUCACUUCCGGUUCACGAUGUUAGCCCAGUUCAUAAAACAAUGAGAAGUAGACGAGUUGUGUUAACUCUUACAAGCCUUGGAAAAGAUAAGUCUUGGUAAACAGCACACCAUGGAGCAUUCAAAAGAAGACGUAAGCGAACAUGAAAGAAGUUCAAGAUCGUCACAUUCAUCUCACUCAAGUCGGAUGACGUCAGUGAGCGUUGCUGCUGCAAAAGCGCGUGCUGAAGCAGAAAGUGCACGUUAAACUUUCCUUUGCACAAAAAGAAGCAGAAAUGUUAAAACAGCAAGCGGAAAUACAAGCUAAUCUGCUCCUAUUAAAAUCAGCAAAAGCCGCUGAAGCAGCAGCAGCUGAAGCACAUGUGUUAGACGUAUCAGCUCAAGAAGAAAGUGAUAUCCAAAGAAGCCAAUUUGAUUUUAAUAUGCCAGUGCUAAGCCCAGUAGAACGCACUAAAGAGUUUGUGGAGCAAUUGUCAGAGGCAUCUCAUGGCCAACACUCACUCCAUUCUUUAAAUCAGCCAAUACUGACCUCUUCCUCAGCGCGCCAGCAGACAAUGGACAACGAUGAAGAUGUUAAGGUCAACACAACGGCUAAUAAACAAGAGAUGGAUGACGUUAAGAACCAUGUGCCCAAUUACCUACCUGUACAGCACCACAAACAACCACAUCGGGGAGACGUGGGGACUCCACCGCUUCAUAUUACUGCAAGUCCAUCAAAAGACACCUUCACAAGGAAUGAUGCAACUCAAAGGAUAGAUUCUUCAUAUCAAAAAUCAUUCCACCAUACCCAGCCUCAUCACUUUUCCGCACGAGGAACAACUUCCUUCGACAAUCGUGGUGCAUCAGACCUGGCUGAAAACCUAAUGCGUAAAGAGAUGGUCAGCUCUGGUCUUCUCAAGUUUGAUGACCAACCACAAAAUUACUGGGCCUGGAAGGCAUCAUUCAUCGGCUCCACAAGGGACCUAUAUCUCAGUGCAAUUGGAUAUGCUGGCUAAAUGGCUUGGACCUCAAUCAGCAGAACAAGCUAAGAGAUUAAGAGCCGUGUACAUACAUAAUGCAGAAGCUGGGGUCGAAAUGGUGUGGCAGAGGCUAGAGGAGUCAUACGGUGCACCUGAAAUAAUUGAGCAUGCUUUACUUAAAAAACUUGAGAACUUCCCACAUAUCUCAAACACAGACAACCAAAGACUGAGAGAGUUCGGGGACCUUCUUCUUGAGUUGGACGCAGCAAAGUCAAAUGAACUCUUGCCCGGUCUUCUUCAUCUUGACACAGCUCAUGGUAUUAGUCCCAUCCUGAUCAAGCUACCAUAUCGUCUCCAAGAAAAAUGGGUUAGUGCAGGCUCAGCAUACAAAUGGGACAAAAAGGUGGCUUAUCCACCAUUUCACUUCUUUGUGAACUUCAUUAUGGAAGAAGCUAGGAUCCGCAAUGAUCCCAGCUUUGCAUGUGUCACCAGUGGUAGCGUAACUAAUGCUAGACAAGAACGACUUCAACCGAAUUACAGGACACCAGUGUCCGUCAAGAAAACUGAAGUGGCGACAGUACCUGAAGCUUAAUACAACUUCCAAGAAAAUACAUUUGAAGACCCAGAUAAAAUAUGUCCCAUCCACAAUAAGCCUCACCCUCUACGUAAAUGCCAUGGCUUCCGAAACAAACCACUCGAAGAAAGAAAGACUUAUCUGAAAGAGCAACACAUCUGUUAUCGAUGGUGCGCAUCUACGAGACACAUGGCGAAGGAUUGUGAAAAAGCCGUGCAAUGUAAAGAGUGUGACAGCACUAGGCACAUCACAGCGCUUCACCCUGGUCCACCACCAACAAAAGAGAACUUCCCAGUGAAGGAAGAUCAAGGCGGGGAGAAUAAUGAAGAUCUCAUCCCAUCAGUGACAUCAACGUGUACUGAGAUCUAUGGCAAUUCAGUGACUCCAAAAUCCUGUUCCAAAAUGUGUUUAGUCAGAGCAUACCCUGCUGGCCAAAGAGAGAAAGCUGUCAAAAUGUAUGCAGUCCUGAAUGAGCAAAGUAACCGAUCCCUUGCUAAAACAGAUUUCUUCAAUCUCUUCGGCAUCAAAUCAGAUUCAGCACCAUACACACUGAGAACAUGUUCUGGGGUAAUGGAGACAGCAGGAAGACGUGCAUGCAACUUCAUUAUAGAGUCAUUGGACAUGCAAACCACAGUACCUCUCCCCACACUUAUAGAAUGCGACAUGAUGCCCGAUGACAGAUCGGCGAUCCCAUCACCAGAGAUUAUUCAGCAUCAUCCUCAUCUAGCUCCACUGGAAGGAAAGAUACCAGCAGUUGACCCCAAUGCAGCAAUUUUGAUUUUACUCGGAAGAGAUAUUAUCCGAGUGCAUAAAGUAAGGGAGCAGUACAAUGGACCUGACGAGGCACCUUAUGCACAACGUCUUGACCUAGGGUGGGUCAUAGUCGGGGAAGUAUGUCUUGAAGGAGCUGAUAAGCCAGAAAACAUCAAUGUCUUCAGGAAUAAUCUGCCACACAAUGAACGAGAAACAUUUCUAAGUCCAUGUUCUAACACCAUCCGUGUCAGUGAAAAGUUCAGCAGCCCUAAUCCGUACCAUGGUCUGCAACCCCCCAAACAUCUGGAGGAGAUGGACAACCUCGGCAGCCAAGUCUUUCAAAAAGCUAAGAAUGACGAUAAACCAGGUUUGUCUCCUGAUGAUCAAGCAUUUCUUCACAUUAUGAACAAAGAACUAUACAAAGAUGAGUCAAACACUUGGGUUGCCCCGUUACCCUUUCGAUCACCUCGUCACCACCUCUCAAACAAUCGGGAACAAGCAUCAAAGCGACGUUCAUCCCUUUAUCAUACGCAGAAGAGAGACGUCAUAUCUGCACCGCCAGGAGACUUCAACGUGAAAGACAUCCACUCAAAACAAUGGCGGCAAGUCCAACUUCUCUCUGAUAGAUUCUGGAAGCGAUGGAAACAAGAAUACCUGUCAACCAUACAACCUAAGAGAAAAUGGUAUGCAGAAAGGCCUAACCUGCAAGUUGGAGACCUAGUACUACUGAAAGACGGCCAGGUGAGAAGAAAUGAAAGGCCCACUGGACUCAUCGUCAAGUCUAUCAACAGCCAUGACAACAAAGUAAGAAAAGUAGACGUCAAGAUCAUCCGACAAGGUACUCCAAGAAUCUACACUAGAUCUGUUUCAGAGGUCGUGUUUUCUCCUUCGUAAAGAGACUGUAUAGUGGUAUAAAACCUUAUACCAAGCGGGGAGUGUUGUGCCCGUUUGAUUGUGGACUAUUACUGACACCUUGUGGCGAUGGGAAAUGUUGCGCGUCAUUAGUUUGGUCACUUCCGGUUCACGAUGUUAGCCCAGUUCAUAAAACAAUGAGAAGUAGACGAGUUGUGUUAACUCUUACAAGCCUUGGAAAAGAUAAGUCUGUAAGUAAACUGUUUAACUUGUUUAUGUGGCUCAAUAUGAAGGUGGAAAGUGGCUAAAUUUGAUAGUAAGAUGUGUAUUGAAAAAACGAUUUUUGUGCACUAAUUUAAUGGAUGUUUGAGGACUUAAAAUGGCUGCCAGUCGCAUAUUUCCACCAUCGAAGUAGUUUCAACGCUCAGCAGUAUUUGUUUGGUGAUAAUGCUGUAUAUUUGUGUAAAGCUAAUGUUUACAUAUUGUGUAUUACAUUUCAGUAUGUUGGUUGAAUCAUAUAGCUUAUACAUUGUCAUUGUGUGUA